AUGAAGUCGCCGCACGCCGUUGCACUAUCUACUAUCAAAUCUCAUCACUCGAUCCUUGCAGCUACCAAGCGGAUGGGACUUAAGUUCCCCAAGUCCCAACAGAUCCUGGACGACAUUCCUCCUGAAUAUCUGAGUGUCAAUCAGACCAACGAAACUUUCUCUGCCGUUAGUGCUGACGACUACAAUGAGGAUCGGUCGAAGGAGUCUGUUUUCAGUCAGGUGUUUCGCACACCUUUGACAUACCAUCUUGUACGCACUGUGGAUCAUUACUUGCCGGACACAUGGGAUGUGGUCAUCAAGACCAAGAAAGCAGCCCCACUUCCCUUGUCUGAGCGCGAUCCGGACUACUACCCUGGAGGAGAGUUCAAGGUCAGCAAGGCAGUGCGUGUGGCUGACGAAAAUCUGAAAGAAGGUUGGCUGCAGGAUGUGACGAGGCGAGUCAACUCGACCAAGGAUACACCGCUGUCCGGUCAGGUCCAUGACGACGAUGUGGAGGUUCAGCAAGGCCCGCCAGUGGAGAUGAACUUGAGCUACGUGAGUCAGCAGACCGUUGAAAGAGUGGAGCCGCUGACGAGGGAGCAGGUGGGGGAGAGGAACUUUGAGGGGUUUGCGGACGAUGUCAACGAGGAGAUCCCCCAGGUCACGGUCAAGGUGCACCCUGCUGAUCACACAGGGGCAGAGUUCGACGCUGGUGGCUGGCUCAACGACAUGCUGAGGAAGCCCGAGGCUGUCGGGGAUCCUUUAGAGAGGGACAGGUUGAUCACGAUCCCUCCUACGAAGGUGGUGGAGGCCAAGGAACCGGAUCCCAAUGUUCCCUUGGAGCUGGGUGACAGCGUGGUAGCAGCAUCCGAGGCAAACGACGAUCCCGCCUUGCAAGAUCUUGGGAUCCCGUACUCCAAGGAGGAAGUCAGCAAGCCGCAGGGUGAAGACAACUACAAGUACGGGCUGCUUGCCGACUUCCAGGAUCGAGACGUCAAACUCCAGCCGAUAGUCGCAGCGUCACAGGCUGUUGCAGAGAGGUGGGAAACGAAGGAGGAGGAGGCAAACGAGAGGAGUAGGGUCGAGGGCAGCAAGGUAGAGACUAAACCUGUGGAAGUAGCAGAUUAA